AUGUUCUCUACUGGUUCUCAACGGUUGAGCUGGUUCUCAGUGGUGCUGCUGGAGCUCAGUGGUGCUGCUGCCUGCGCUGGACUGCGCUGUGGCGUCGCUGUGGCGCCUGUACACCGCCACGGCGCAGCCUGCAUUGGACUGCGCUGUUGUGCUGUAGACUGCACCGCCACGGCGCAGCCUGCGCUGGACUGCGCUGUGGCGCCUGUAGACUGCACGGCCACGGCGCAGCCUGCACUGGACUGCGCUGUGGCGCCUGUAGACUGCACGGCCACGACGCAGCCUGCACUGGACUGCGCUGCUUCGGCUGUAGGCUGCACGGUCACGGCGCAGCCUGCACUGGACUGCACUGCUGUGCCGCUGCACGGCCACGGCGCAGCCUGCACUGGACUGCGCUGUGGCGCCUGUAGACUGCACGGCCACGACGCAGCCUGCACUGGACUGCGCUGUGGUGCUGUAGGCUGCACGGCCACGGCGCAGCCUGCACUGGACUGCGCUGUGGCGCCUGUAGGCUGCACGGCCACAGCGCAGCCUGCACUGGACUGCGCUGUGGCGCCUGUAGUAGACUGCACGGCCACGGCGCAGCCUGCACUGGACUGCGCUGUGGCGCCUGUAGACUGCACGGUCACGGCGCAGCCUGCGCUGGACUGCGUUGUGGCGCCUGUAGACUGCACGGCCACGGCGCAGCCUGCACUGGACUGCGCUGUGGUGCCGUAG